AUGCGGGCUGCUGUGCUCGGAAGGAGUCUCGGCAAGAGUCUGUGCCCGGCUUCCCGCCCCCUCUCCCUUCCCCUCUGCUGCCCCCAGCCCCUGAGGCUUCCCUCCUACCUUGGGGGCUUCAGGGGGCUGCAGCAGGAAAGCUGUCCCCGCGCAGGUGUUAAUACUGUGAAGCCCCUUGAUGGUGUGAGGAUUCUUGACCUAACAAGAGUCCUUGCAGGGCCUUUUGCUACCAUGAAUCUGGGAGAUCUUGGAGCUGAAGUUAUUAAAGUGGAAAAACCCGGGUCGGGGGAUGAUACAAGAUCUUGGGGACCACCCUUCGUUGGAAUGGAAAGUGUUUAUUUUCUCAGUGUAAACAGAAAUAAAAAGAGCAUAGCUGUUAAUAUGAAGAAUCCUAAAGGAGCAAAGAUCAUUAAAGAGCUUGCAGCUGUCAGUGAUGUUUUUGUGGAAAACUAUGUCCCUGGGAAACUGGCUGAAAUGGGCUUGGGGUACGAAGACAUUAACAGGAUUGCUCCUCAUAUUGUGUACUGUUCAAUAACAGGCUACGGUCAAACUGGUCCAAAGUUUCAACGCGCAGGCUAUGACUCAGUUGCAGCUGCUGUUUCUGGCCUCUUGCAUAUCACAGGGCCUGAGGAAGGUGAGCCAGUUAGACCAGGAGUGGCUAUGACCGAUCUGGCUACGGGACUGUAUACAUAUGGAGCAAUUAUGGCUGCACUUCUUCAGAGUCAUAAAACAGGGAAGGGUAUGCACGUGGACUGCAAUUUACUGUCCUCUCAGGUCGCCUGUCUUACUUACGUAGCAAGCAAUUUCCUAAAUUGCCAAAUGGAACCGAAACGAUGGGGCACGGCUCAUGCCAGUAUCGUUCCUUACCAGGCUUUCGAAACGAAGGAUGGCUACAUUGUAGUGGGAGCUGGAAAUGAUCAACAGUUUGCCACUGUUUGCAAGAUCCUGAAUUUGCCUCAAAUCAGCCGCGAUUCCCGAUAUAAAAAUAACAAGCAGCGUGUGCUGAACAGGAAAGAACUCGUUGGAGUUUUAUCAGCCAGGUUUCUGGAAAAAGAGACAACCAAAUGGUUAGAACUCUUUGAAGGCAGUGGUGCUCCAUAUGGUCCAAUCAAUAGCAUGCAGCAGGUGUUCUCGGAUCCUCAGGUUCUGCACAAUGGACUUAUCAUGGAGAUGGAUCAUCCAACAGCAGGCAAGAUAGCGGUCCCAGGCCCAGCUGUAAGGUACAGCCAGUUUGAAGCCUCCAAACCAAAACCACCUCCUCUUGUUGGUCAACAUACGGUGGAUGUACUGAAGACUACUCUGGGAUAUAAGGAUGAUACCAUACAGGAACUGCUCAGCUCUGGAGUAAUAACUCAAUAUGAACUUGAAUAA